CUGGGUGUGUUCCACAGCCACGCAGUUGUACUCUCCGAUCAUUGACGAGUCGAUAGGGACAUUGCGCUCACUCAAGAUCCUGCUCCCAUUGACUCGGAUCCUAUAUAAGGGUGCAUGUACUGGAGAGUGUGUCAAACCUACGAGUCCGUCCGCUUGUGGUAGUCCGCUAAGUUCACGUCAGACCGCUACAUCAUACAUAUGUACAUACUGUCAGUAAGACGACGAGCGGCUAUGUUUUUACUCCAUAUACGUGUAUCGUGAGCGAGAAGACUGCUGUAUUCGCCCGCCGACGCCUGUAUCGUGCAAACUAUAAUUGUGCAGACCUGUUCCAGUAUUUAAAGAAAACUAACUAUAACAAAUGUCUACAGACAUGGGUAACUUAUUUAUUUCAGUGUACAUUUUGUCAUUUAUUUAUUUUUGUCCAUUGACUGUGAUCGGAGAGUCAGUUUCUGACAUUACACUGCCAGCUAGCUUGAUAGAGAAAGUGAGUAGAAAAGUGCCACUGACAGUGCCUCACAGGACCUCCAAUAUAUACCUGGACCCGUGUAAAGCUUCUGCCUUCAUCGGAGACAUUGCAUUAACAAAAGAAGAAUUCCAGAAACAGGUGUCAAAACUUCAUAUAAACAAUAAGACAGCCAAUGACUUACUGGAUGGCAAAAAAACAGUUCAAACUCAAAAUGCUGCAAAGAAACUGUUGAUGUCUACAGGGUCCAAAAAUGAGGAAAUACGACACAAAGGAAGACUAGAAAAGCUUGAAAAGUUGUGCAACAGGAUAAAGAAAGGCAAACGGAAAAGGACUGGGAGAAGAGGAAAGAAGUGCAAGCUUUAUGAAAAGCUCAAACAACAGCAGAUCAGCAACGGCCACUUUGAUGAUAAUGGAAGUAAUGGACAUCAUAGAGGAAAGAGAGCUGCUACGGCUAGAAAGGAAAGGCUGUGGGAUUAUGCUGUUAUACCAUACGACAUUGAGUCCAAUUUUACAGGAGAUGACAAGACAUUGUUCAAACUGGCAAUGAGGCACUGGGAAAAUUUUACCUGUGUCACCUUCAUAGAAAAACGGCCUGAGGAUCAGAAUUAUAUUGUUUUCACCCAGAAGCCCUGUGGGUGUUGUUCCUUUGUUGGCAAGAGAGGUAAUGGUGCUCAGGCUAUCUCCAUUGGCAAGAACUGUGAUAAGUUUGGAAUAGUGGUUCACGAGUUGGGUCAUGUGAUAGGGUUUUGGCAUGAGCACACGCGGCCAGACCGGGAUGAACAUGUACAGAUCAUAUAUAAAAAUAUCAUGCCAGGUCAGGAAUAUAAUUUCAACGAGUUGACAAAAGAUGAAGUGAACUCAUUAGGAGAGGAUUAUGACUACGGCAGCAUAAUGCACUAUGCCAGAAACACAUUUGCCAGACUUCGCUACCUGGACACAAUCCUUCCCAAGAGGAAAUCUGGCACCCUUACCAGACCAGAGAUCGGCCAGCGAGUGCGCCUUAGUCCAGGGGACAUACGACAGGCCAAUAAACUCUACAGCUGUCCUAGCUGUGGUAGAACUCUCCAGGAACCCAGCGGCAGUUUCUCUUACUCCCCUGAGGGCAAAUCAGACAGCAUUUGCCAGUGGAGGAUAUCAGCAACUCAUGGAGAGAAAAUAGUCCUCAACAUCACCGCUCUCGAUAUCCCAGAAUCCCACAACUGUCAGCAUGAUUACCUGGAAGUGAGAGAUGGUUUCUAUGUACGGUCUCCAUUAUUGGGUCGUUUCUGUGGAUCAAAGAUUCCAAGUACUUUGGCUUCUUCUGAUAGUCGUAUGUGGCUGGAGUAUAGAUCAGCCAGGCCCUGGGGGAAAGGAUUCACGGCUGAUUAUGAAGCUAUCUGUGGUGGAGAUAUCAGGAAAGAUGAAGGCCAGCUUACAAGUCCCAACUACCCAGAUGAUUACAAACCCAACAAAGACUGUGUGUGGAAAAUCACAGUAUCAGAGGAUUAUCAGGUCGCCCUCAAGUUCCAGUCCUCUGAGAUCGAGAACCAUGAUGACUGUGUGUAUGACUACAUAGAGGUACGAGAUGGGCAUGAUGAAGACUCUCCGGUUCUGGGCAGAUUCUGUGGCUACAAGGUACCAGGAGACCUCAAGUCCACCAAGAACAAAAUGACUGUCAAAUUCGUCUCGGAUGGGUCCGUUCAGAAAUCGGGGUUUUCUGCCUCAUUUAUUAAAGAAUAUGAUGAGUGUAAGACAGAUGCCCACGGCUGUGAUCAUUUCUGUGUGAAUACCCUGGGUAGCUUUACCUGUCAGUGCAAACUUGGAUACGAGCUUCAUUCUGAUGGCAAAAAGUGUGAAGAUGCCUGUGGUGGAUAUAUUGAGGCUGCCCCUAACGGCACCAUCCAGAGCCCGUCUUACCCUGACCUUUACCCUCCCAGUAAGACGUGUGUCUGGCAAAUUGUGGCUCGACCCCAGUACCGUAUAACUCUAAACUUCACUCACUUUGACUUGGAGGGCAAUAAUCAUGAUUGUGAGUAUGACUCAGUGAAGAUGCAGAGUGGAGUGGGAACUGAAGUUACGCCCCAUGGGGUGUACUGUGGGUCUACAUUACCCCAGGCCAUCACGUCUCAGUCCAACACACUGCUGAUUGAGUUCACUUCUGACAACUCUGUAGAGAAAACAGGAUUCAACGCUGUCUUCUUCACAGACAAGGACGAGUGUGCCAUAGAAAAUGGAGGCUGUCAGCAUGUUUGUAAAAACACUUUGGGCAGUUACCAAUGUGCCUGCCAUAAUGGUUUUACUCUACAUGAAAACAAGCAUGACUGCAAAGAAGGUGGGUGUCAGCACAACAUCAUCCAGCCUGAAGGAGAGAUCAGCAGUCCCAAUUGGCCGCACCUGUACCCAAGUCGUAAAGACUGUAUCUGGCACUUCAGCACCAAAAUGGGACAUCGUAUUAAACUCGUCUUCACAAACUUUGACCUGGAGCCACACCAGGAGUGUACCUAUGACCACAUCGAGGUUUAUGACGGAGAUGAUUCCAAAGCGCGAAGUUUGGGUCGACAUUGCGGCAAUAAAAUACCUCCACCUAUUAUGUCAAGCUCAAACAAAAUGUUUAUGAAGUUCUACUCAGAUGCUAGUGUUCAGAGAAAUGGAUUUAACGCUGAACAUUCUACAGUGUGUGGUGGCCAUCUUAUGGCAUCAUCUAGUGAUCAGAAGCUAUAUUCCCAUGCCAAGUAUGGAGGUCAACGCUAUGAUAAUAGAGAGGACUGCCAGUGGAUCAUUGAGGCCACUAAGGGCUUUGUUGUGCACCUACGCUUCCUGGAGUUUGAAGUGGAGGACGAAGGAGAUUGCUCGUAUGACCAGGUAGAGGUGUAUGAUGGAGAGGAAGAGAGCUCUGUUAAGCUGGGUCGUUUCUGUGGCAGUGAGGUGCCUUCUGAGCUCACCUCUUCUGGAGAGUACAUGUUAGUGACGUUCAAGUCUGACGAUACCAUCAAUAUGAAGGGAUUCUUGGCAUCCUUCACCGUAACCAAGGCAGAUUCGAGCAAAGUGGGGCAAACAAAACAGCUCCCUGAAGUGCAAAACAUUUUUGUGUGAGGAGACCACUUACAGGGACAAGGGAGAUAACUAUUGUGAGUGGGGAGCAAAGUUUAUGUCAACAAAUCGUCAGUUGAAGUCAUCAGCAACCUAUUAACUUUGGAGGAGCUGACAAGCUGUGAGAAUUGGACUGCUGAUUACCAGUGUCUUCUUACCCAGGAGUUCUUCUCUACAGAGAUAAUUCACAGAAUUGGGGCCAGGGAAUGGUGGUGAUUUAAUGUUAAUGAGGGAAGCACCUGUACCAUGUAAUUAUUGGUGCAGCUUGUUUGGCACGGGUCCACAUCCCCUUGGCUGCAUGCCUGGGUCCUGGUGUUCUGCUGACGUGUAGAGGCUGGGCCAGGAAGGAGAGCCUCUACACUAGCUCAUUACACACACACACACACCUCGGAACUUUGAACACAACUUGUGAAACCUGCCCUAAACCCAGGGUAGAACAGACUUGCAGACAUUCGACUGCCUCUUUGAAAGUAUGAAACAGUGUUUGAUUGAAUGUUCUUCUUGUUGUUGUGAUCAUGUGUACCUCAAAUGAGGGAAACCAUAGUAUUUAAGCGAGUGCAAUUUCAGAUGACACAAAAUGCAUUAUAGAUUCACUAUGUGAAAUUUGAACUGUACAUUUUGUGACUUCAGAUGCAGUUGACUGCAUUGGACCGUUGAGAUAUUUACCAGUCUUCUCAUCCUUGCAUAUGUUAGCUACUAUAAUCCAGUUAGCCUGUACAUAUCUUUGAAUGACAUUGCCGAACUGUUACUAACUGUUGUGGUAAUCCAACAUUUGAACAAAGCUCAAUUUAUUUUUGAGUCUAUCCCCUAGUACAUGGUGCUGUGAACAAGACAUCAUUUCCACUUAUUAUAGAUCUACUUAGAUACGAAGUAAAGUUUUUCUGAUUAUCUAUUGGAUGGACUUUUGGAAUCAUUUUUAACAUUUACAAACUGAUGUUUCCUGUAUUAAGUGGAUUUUACCUCAAUGUUGACUUGUUAAAUACUUGUUAAUCUUUUUGUGCUUAUGUGUAGAUCUUGUAUACCUUUUUAUCAACCAUUUACUCUUUAUUGUUCACUGUAAUAAAGUAAUCAUUAGAAAUCAGAAAGGGCUUGUGUUAUGCAAUUUGGUUUCGUAGUUAUAAUUUAAAAGUAUUAAGGGAAAAGGGGUUAGUACAAGUGA